AUGGAGCACAAAAUGCCUCACGGAAACUCCUCAUUUUCUGUCAGCGAUGCCAAAGCAGAGCUCCUCUCUCGGUCUGGCUAUGCCAUGUUGGCCGUUAUCAUGGGUGUGUUUUCUAUUUUGGGGAUCAUUCUCAACGUCCUGGUGAUUGUGGUGAUCGUGCGACACAAGCCACUGAGGCAGCCUCUCAGCUAUGCUCUGGUCAGCCUGGCUGUGUGUGACCUGGGCUGUGCUGUUUUUGGUGGGCUGCCCACCACAGUGACCACUGCCAUGGGAUACUUCAGUCUUGGACGCACGGGCUGUACAUUAGAAGGCUUCGCUGUGGCCUUUUUUGGUAUCGCAAGUCUGUGUACAAUUGGAGUCAUUUCUGUGGAGCGUUACAUCGUGGUAUGCUAUCCAAUGGGUGCCGUACUCUUCCAGACCAGGCACGCAAUCGCUGGAGUGGUGCUGUCUUGGGUGUGGUCCUUUGUGUGGAACACGCCACCAUUGUUUGGUUGGGGGAGUUUUGAGCUGGAGGGUAUCAAAACCUCCUGUGCCCCCAACUGGUACAGCCGGGAUGCAGGCAGUAUGUCAUAUAUAGUCAUCUACUUUUUGCUCUGCUUUGCCGUGCCCUUUUCCAUCAUUAUGGUGUCCUACAUGCGGCUCCUGUGGACCCUGCGGCAGGUGAGCAAGCUGCAGGUGUCUGAGGCUGCCAGCACACACCGAGUGGAAGCGCAAGUGGCACGGAUGGUUGUCGUCAUGGUGCUGGUCUUUCUGGUGACCUGGCUGCCGUACGCUAGCAUGGCUUUGGCUGUCAUCGUAGACUCCACCCUAAAAAUCGACCCGCUUGUCGCAACCAUACCCAUCUACUUUGCGAAGAGCAGCACUUUCUACAACCCCAUCAUUUACGUUUUCAUGAACAGACAGUUUCGAACAUAUGCUGUUCCCUCUAUUCUGUGUGGAUGGAACCCCGGGGCCUCAGAGGCACAAAUCUCCAAGGUGGAGACAGCAGUUGCUUGCGUCCCUAAAAACCAAAGGGAUUUUUGA